CGCCCAAGAAAAUCUCUCUCUCUCCCCCCUUUGCUCUCUCUCUCACCUUCUCACUCUCUUUCCUUCUCUCGCUCUGCGAUCCCACUCCUGUCCAGCAAGAGCUCUGGAAUCGGGCUUUGGUAGAGCAAGAGCUCUGACUUACAGGAAGAAAGCAACGCCAUGGAAGAUCAAACCCUAGAAACCGUCAUGGAGAAAUGCGAUGUUGUUUCAAUUCAUGACCAAGCCCAAGAAAAUAACAAUAAAGGGAAGGACGAUGAUUUUUCAAAUCAACUCUGUGAAAUUUCAUCAAAUCGGGAACGGAACCCUCCCAUUUUGCAGAGGAUUGAUUCUUUGAGCACCAAAAUUCAGGACUUGAAGAGCGAGCACGGGGUUCUAUCUGGUGAAGUGAAGGGCUUCGUGACAGAAUCUUUUCCUGGCUCCGAUGUUUUGUCGGCUCUUCAGUCUCUCAGUACUGAACAUGAAACUCUGAAGAAGAAAUAUCUUGAGGAGUUCUCUGAGCGGAAGCGGCUCUACAAUGAAGUAAUUGAGCUUAAAGGCAACAUUAGAGUCUUCUGUAGAUGCAGACCUCUAAAUCAAGAUGAGAUUGCCAGUGGUUUCUCUUCUGUGGUAGAUUUUAAUGCGUGUCAAGAUUCUGAGCUACAGAUUAUUUGCUCUGAUUCGUCCAGGAAGCAAUUCAAGUUCGACCAUGUCUUUGGUCCUCAUGACAAUCAAGAGGACGUUUUUGCACAGACGUCACCUGUGGUGACUUCAGUUCUAGAUGGGUUCAAUGUCUGCAUUUUUGCUUAUGGGCAGACAGGAACUGGGAAGACAUUUACUAUGGAAGGAACACCUGAAAAUAGGGGAGUUAAUUAUAGGGCAUUGGAGAAAUUGUUCCGGAUUUCUGAGCAGAGAAGCAGUACCACGAGAUAUGAAUUGUUUGUGAGCAUGCUAGAAGUUUACAAUGAGAAGAUAAGGGAUCUUCUUGCAGAAAAUUCCAACCAACCUCCGAAGAAGUUGGAGAUAAAGCAAGCAGCAGAGGGAACACAGGAAGUCCCUGGGCUUUCCGAAGCUCGUGUUUAUGGCAUAGAUGAGGUGUGGGAACUUAUAAAGACUGGAAGCCAAAUCCGAUCCGUUGGAUCAACUAAUGCUAAUGAGCUUAGCAGCCGCUCACACUGUUUGUUGCGAGUAACUGUUAGGGGAGAGAAUUUGGUAAAUGGGCAAAGGACCAGGAGCCACCUCUGGCUGGUUGACUUGGCCGGAAGUGAGCGAGUUGGGAGGAUUGAAGUUGAGGGUGAAAGGUUGAAGGAGUCUCAGUUCAUUAACAAGUCUCUCUCGGCACUUGGCGAUGUUAUCUCUGCUCUGGCAAACAAGACAGCCCAUAUACCUUAUAGGAACUCAAAGCUCACCCAUUUGCUGCAGAGCUCUCUUGGAGGAGACUGCAAGACACUCAUGUUUGUUCAAAUAAGCCCAAGUGCUGCAGACUUGGGAGAGACCAUAUGCUCACUUAACUUUGCUAGCCGUGUCCGAGGAAUUGAGCAUGGCCCUGCCCGCAAACAGGCAGACCCCACUGAACUUCUCAAGUACAAACAGAUGGCCGAGAAGCUAAGACAGGAUGAGAAGGAAACAAAGAAGUUACAGGAUAGCUUACAGUCACUGCAGUUGAGGUCUGCAGCGCGGGAACAACUUUGCAGAAGCCUUCAGGAAAAGGUUAGAGAUCUAGAGAGGCAACUGGCAGAAGAGGGGAAGACUAGACUUCAGCAAGAAACUAGAACUUCUGUUAAAUCAUCAGCAUUGACACUUCAACUAAGUGAGAGCACAAGGGAGAAAAAACCACCACUGGCUCCCUCAAAGGCGAGACCGCCACUAAGAGGAAUCACCAACCUUUUGCCUCAGUCUUCAGCUCCACCCAGGAAAUAUAACAUUGCCACAUCCAACUCAGUGGAGGACAAAGAGUCUAAGACAACAACUAACACAAAGACUCUAAUGAGACCAAGAAGGAUAUCAAUUGCUGUUGUUCGAGCACCUACUUCGGCAGCAACCACGCAAGUUUAUCAGCCCAAGAGACGAGUGUCUAUUGCAACAACUCGCCCUGAUUCGAUGAUGACACCAGCCACCACUUCCAGCAAGAUGGGGGGGGGCCGGCUUUCAUUUGUAAGGGAUCCACAGAAGAAUCGGAGGGUCUCUCGGAUAUUCUCACCAUUGCGGGAACUUAGAACUGCUGCUACAUCUGAGGCAACACCAGUUGGCAACAGGAGGAAAUUCUUGAGCAGUCCACCAAUGCAGGUUGGGUCAUGGAAGCCGAAGCAUCCUACAGUGUUAGCUUUACAAAGGAGACAAUUUGUGUGGAGUCCACUCAAGCAGAGACGCCUGAAUAAUGAAAGGAAGUCAUUGUUGCCUUCCUGAGUUUCGGAGGACUGUGUUGUAGUAAGAGAUUCGAGUUUCAGGUGAAUCAUCUGUUCAUCAUCUCAAAGGCAACCCGAUUAGUCUCCGUCCUUUUUUGGGGGUCCAAUAUCAACUUCAUCUUAUGAUUGUUAUUGUUCCGUCUGAAUUGUCCAUGUAAAGAGGCUGAAAAACCUCAAAUGUGUGAUCCUUGGUGGAAGUCAUCUUUUGGAUUUUUUUGGUAGGGAGAUCCUCAACCAAAAGACGGGGAAAAGGAAAAUAUAUUGUACAGAGAUCAACUAAUUUAGAGUUCCUCAAUCA